AUGGACCGCGCCUUCGUGAAUGCGUCUGCGGAAUACUCCCCAUUGCACGGCAGGGAUUGGAACGCGGAGUUCCAGUUGGCGUGGGAGAUGGACGACAGCACGAUUUCUCAGGCGGAGGCCCGCAUGGAGCAGCUUUGCCGCGUUGAGAGGGAGUUUGUAGCCGAGGCGACGCGCACUGUAAAACAAAUUGUGAUGCUGGACGACGACGGGCCACGGGAGUUGCCCAAGUUUCUGCAGUGCUACCGCGUCGACAACAUCUUCUUCCGCGUCCUGCCCGACAGUCGUUCCGGGCGCAAUUACGUGGCGUCGCUCCGCGGAGUACUCCAAAGCCACACGCGCCUCCUGACUGUGCCGCUUUCAUGUAUGUUUUUCUACCGGGGUAUGCCGGUCCUGGCGCAGGCUCUUGUCCCGAUGCCGCGGGAGCCAACUCGACUGUACGGUGCGGGCUCGACAAACAAUCAGGAGGUGGUGGCGGAGAUUUUGCACAUCGCGGAGGCUCUUAACAUUCCUUUGCCAAAAUCCAUUCUGUGCGAGGUUUACGAAGGGUUGGAUGCCCGUUGGUACUGCACCUUGACAAAUAUCACCACAAUGUAUUUUGCAGGAAGUUUUUCAUUGAGCCACACUUUAAAACGUAAUGAGAUGCUUGUUUUUUCUUCAUUUGUGACGUCUGGGCCGGAGGACGUGUUUUCUGUCAUGCAUGCCCCGCCUUUUCUGGAUGCGCUGGCGAAGUUGAAGGGUGUGGUCCAGGCAGAGGCGCAGAAUAAACUGUGCGACAUUCUUCACUUUUACGGUAUCAAUUUUCGUUUCUUGAAGGAAGUGCUUCAGGCGUUUUUGUUGAGGAGGGGUGCGGAUACGGAGGGGGUAAAGGCUUUGGAGAAUUGCGUUAUUAUCGAGAUGUUCGCCAGGGCCAUUAAGCAGGAACUUUACUUGCGUGUUCAGGCGAACCGAACGGCCUACGAUGGCCUGAUGCUUCAGAAUGAUGUUGCGCGCUACAUCUCAUGCGGUUUGGAUGCCGGGCAUUUCAAGCAGGAGUUUCUGCCCGUGCUGGCGCGCAAGUACAACAUUGGGGCCUCCGACAAAAGCAUAAUUGCCAUCUGUGACAAUGUGCGUCAAUUGAAAAGACAUGACAUCUUUGCACGUCUUGCGGUUCUUAUUGGCGCUCGAUUACGCGCUGAGGAAACAUCAUUGGGGGAGAAGUUUACGUGGCUGCCGGAGGUUCAUGCUCGUGUUUUGCCACCAACUGUCAAUCCCAAAAUUGUGCAGGCCCUUGCUCUUCAAUAUAAUGUUACGAAAACGACGAAGAAACAUCUGUAUGCAUUCUGUUUGCCGCUGCAGUCGAAGUCGGCGCGUUGGGAAGGGGAUCUGAAGACGGCGCUGCGGUAUGCACUUGAGGUGGCAGCUGCGGAGAAAGCACGACAUGGCGAAGUGGGCCUUCCUUACCUUUACGCCCUACGUGAAGUUUGCGAAUUGCUGCUGAGCGAAGACAAGAUUGAAUGGAUUUCUGACGGCUGCAAGCAUAUUGACACCCUGUUAGACGGGUUUGACAAGCAGUCUGGGGCGCUUACUCGGAUGCGUCGCCACAUUGAAUGUGCAUGCUGGUUCUUGGGCAUUUCCGGUAUUGUUGACCUUAGGAAAAAGGCGUUGCAUCAAUUUUGUAUUGCCUCACGUUUAGCACCCGCAGAGAUUCGCAGGGACUUUGGCGCUUGGCUCUACACCCGUCCCUUUUUAGGGAUUCUCCGCUGCAAACAAGUGAUGCGGCCGGAGCGAUUUGUGGAUGUAUCCGAUAUUGCACGUGACGCCGAGCAGUUGGCACGUAUUGUAACCCCUGUGGACUACUUUGUGGAGUACCUUUGGGAGCUGGGCAUGGAGCUGCAGUGCGACGAGAAAUACGAGAUGGCCUCCGAGAUACUCCAGAUUGCAUUCAACAUGCUUCGAAAGGUGCCUCGCUCGGCCUUGGACUCUGAGAUAUUAAUGUACGACCUCAUCAACGUGUGCCGUGCGUAUGAUCCGGCAAGGUACGGGACGUACUGUGAGGUGCUUCUCAAUUCCCUGUCUGAAUCGCACAGCAAAGAGACGCUUCGGCCUGGCAAUCCGCUGCGUCCCAGUUUGAUGCGGACUUAA